UCAGAAACCACCUAAAAUAAAGAUUAUAGAGCCAGAGGAAGAGGCAGCCAUGGAGGACUCGACCAUGGUUAAACUAGACCAGAGUACAAGCCAGGUUUCAUCAGGCCGGGGGAGAAGGUGCGUCCCCAGAGCACUCGGUUAUGUCACCGGCGACAUGAGAGAAUUUGCCAGCUGGCUGAAAGGCAAACCCGUGGUGCUCCAGUUCAUAGACUGGGUUCUUCGAGGCAUCUCCCAAGUGGUGUUUGUCAGCAACCCCCUCAGUGGGAUCCUGAUUGUGGUGGGACUCCUGAUACAGAACCCAUGGUGGGCUCUCAAUGGCUGUGUGGCGACCGUGGUCUCUACUCUGACUGCCCUCCUGCUCAGCCAAGACAGGUCAGCCAUAGCAGCUGGGCUGCAAGGCUACAAUGCCACAUUGGUGGGAAUUCUCAUGGCUGUCUUCUCAGCCAAGGGUGACUAUUUCUGGUGGCUGCUAUUCCCCGUGUCGAUCAUGUCUAUGACUUGCCCAAUUUUCUCAAGUGCAUUGUGCUCUGUGUUCAGCAAGUGGGAUCUCCCUGUCUUCACGCUUCCUUUCAACAUGGUACUAUCGAUGUACCUUUCUGCCACAGGACAGUACAGUCCAUUCUUCCCAAGCCUAUCAUUCACACCUGUAAACUCGGUCCCCAAUAUCACCUGGUCUGAGCUCAGUGCCCUGGAGCUUUUGAAGUCACUUCCUGUGGGGGUUGGUCAGAUAUAUGGCUGUGAUAACCCAUGGACAGGGGCCAUUUUCUUAUGUGCCAUCCUGCUGUCAUCCCCACUCAUGUGCCUGCAUGCUGCCAUUGGAUCAUUGCUGGGGGUAGUGGCAGGACUCAGCCUUGCAUCUCCAUUUAAGAACAUCUACUUGGGACUCUGGGGUUUUAACAGCUCUCUGGCUUGCAUUGCAAUUGGAGGGAUGUUCGUAGCGCUGACCUGGCAAGCCCACCUCCUGGCUCUGGCCUGUGCCCUGUUCACUGCCUACCUUGGAUCCAGCAUGACGCACCUAAUGGCUGUGGCUGGGUUGCCAGCUUGUACCUGGUCCUUCUGUUUGGCUACACUGUUAUUCCUCUUGCUGACCACGAAAAACCCCAACAUCUACAGGAUGCCACUCAGCAAAGUCACUUAUCCUGAAGAGAAUCGAAUCUUCUACCUUCAAGCCAAGAAAAGGAUGGCUGAAAGCCCUCUGUAAGAGCAAUCACAUCCUCAGCCAUGGUCACAGGUCAUUUCUAACGACAGCUCCAAUUGACUUUCGGGGGCCCAGCCACUGUUAUUCUGCACCAGGAACAAUUUUCAUACUAACGACCAGUAACUUUUCUUUUGCCCACUUCUUGCUUUCCCUUUUGACUUCAGGAAUAUCCUUGUAUGGGAGCCACAUCUAGAUGAUGUGAUCUAGUAUGGAAUUUGAAGACCCAGUGGGGAGUGGCACUGAGACUGUAAUGUAUUUAUGAAGCCAAAGGGCUCUGCCAGAAAAGGAAAUGAAAGCAGAAAAAAGUUUUGAUAUUUAUUGAUAUUCUUGAUGUUUAGUUGGCCAGCAGAUAUUAACAGUAUUAAAAUUGAGGCUCUGUAAACCAACUAAGCCUUAUGGAAUGCACAGUCACAAAAGCAAAGUCGAUGUAGAAUUCUCAGAUAUGCUGCUUGUCUUUUUAAAAGUCCAUGUGGGUUACACGUUGCAGCUGUGGUGGUGUAAGGGGUAAGGCUGCCUCCAGGGCUGGUCUUCCAGUUCUAUAGCAGAUUAGCCCCAUGCUAGUAGGUGUUUGUGCCCAUGCACACUCAUUUGCGUGUGCAUACACACAUGCAUGUGAUUCUCUUUCAGGAAGAUGGUUGGUUUUUUUUCUGUCUGGCAAACUUACAAGAGGGAGAAAAGGAAUUUUUUAACUAUCAAUAUUGUUCUGUAUUGCUACUUCUCUUGGAAAUUGCGAUGGAAUUUUGGGGGGAAUAGAAUUCUUUUUUCUCUUAUAAGAAAAGAGUUGUUUACAGUAAGAUAAGAUAAGAAAGGCUCCUGGCUUAACCAGUUCUUAGACAUAAAAGAGACUUUACAUAUUUAUAAAAAUAUUCCAUGUAGUUAUUUUGACUUAAAUCCCUAUGUUGAUUUUGUAAUAGAAUCAUCCUUAGCCUCUAGAGCCCUUUAAAGUCACAUAUUUUUUGUUAUUUUGAAGAUGGCUUAUAAACACUGCUAAUAUUAAGUUGCUUAUAGUUAUUACUUUUAAAAGUUGAAUUUCUUUUUUAAAACAUAGCUGGGCAUUGAUGGCUCAUGCCUGUAAUCCUAGCAACUCAAGA